CUUUCAUGGUUAUACGGUAUACCACCAGGCUUGAGAUCUGGAAUCAGAAUUUCCGAUAUCUAUAAUCCGCCAAAACAAGGGAACAACGAUUUAGACAACAUCUCAUGCUGACUUGAGAAAGCUGCAAGGCGACAUAGGUACCUCACCGACAAGAUGCCUACCGAGGACAUGGAGGAGUUUUGGGCUUGUUGCCGCUGUGGAUUUGGUAUGAUGGUACCGACUGUAGCAUUGGUUUGCAUGGAAGUAUCGUGUCAGCACGUGCUCUGUGUGCACUGUCCAGUUGAAAAAUGCUGGGUAAAAGGUUGUAGGGAGCCCGAACCCUAUGACGCGAAAUUCAACUCGCAACUCCCAUCAGAAUCACACGGUACACAAGCUUUGGCCCAGUAUAUGAGCGAGUCACCCGAAUCAACCUCGGCUUCUGAAAAUGUCUCCCCAUCAGCUUCAACAGCCACAUAUAAGACGUUUAGCCCACGCACUCCAUCUUAUCCUUCGUCGAGUGGGUUCCCUUCGCCAAUAUCUAGAGGCAGCUCGACAACGACUCCAUUGACCGACCACGAGGACAUAGGAAACUCGGAGUGGGAAGAUGAUUCAGAUCCCCUUGAGACCUACGAUCCCGGGGAUAUCCUUCCACCCUCUCAGAUGUGGACUCAGCUGUUGGAGACAAACACCAAUAGUGUAUUUUUGGCCGCUCUUGAGCGGGGUUAUGAGGGGUGGAAAAGAGAAUACCAAAACUCUGCAAGUGAGUCAGGGUCUAAUGCAGGGGCGGAGCCGGACAAACGAGAUGAAAGCCAGAAGCAACGAAGUGGCGCAACAGGGUCAUCAAGAAAACGGCUACACUCAGAGCUCGACGAUGAUUCUGGCGAUGAAAACCCGGAAGAGCGGCGUAGAUGUGGUCCUCGCCCCAAACCGACACCAUCAGAUGCAGAUUCGCCGAGCCGUUUGCUGGCGUGUCCUUUCUGGAAAGAGGAUUCCAGUCAUUGGAAAGAAUGUUUUCGGUACAAGCUAAAGAGAAUUCGGGACGUCAAACAACAUUUGAGGAGAAGCCAUUGCAGAAGUUACUGUGUUCGGUGUGGCGCGGAGUUUGAAAAUGCCGGGGAAUUGGACCUACACUAUAAACGGGAUCAACCAUGCGACAAGGUUGUCUUUCAGGCCAAGUGGCUAUCUGAGCUACAGCAGAAGGCGCUCAGGGAAAGUAGAGCAAACCCAAAGCUCUCCCUUGAGAGCCAAUGGUAUACAAUCUGGGACAUUGUUUUUCCAGAAACACCGAAGCCCAGUUCGCCCUACGUGGACAGCACGAUAUCAGAGGACCUCAGCUCGUUUCUGGAAUUUUUCAACCAGCGAGGUUCAGACAUUAUUCGAGAGACAGGAGAGAGUCUCGGAUUCCAUCUGGGGGUGAUGCAAGAAAGACAACUCCUUCAAACAUUCGUCGCCAGAAUCUAUGACCGUUGGGCUUCUCCAAGAGGACACACUCAGCGCACCGCUGCGCCUUCGCCCUUACAGGAGAACCCACAGCUUCUUCAAACUGUCUCUGAGCCUGACCUUGCGUGGGCACCACUAAGCAGUACGGAUACGCAGGAAUACAGCACUCCGGCCUUGAUGGACCUGACGGCCGACACAACCACGCAGCAGGAUCAACAGACUGCGCCUGAGGCUUCUUUCACCACUUCUAACCACAUAGAAGCCGUUCAGAGUUAUCACUCACUUGAUCCUAUUACCACCGCCACGAUUGAGUCAAGUGUUCUAUGGUCAAACGUACCGGACUAUGCGGGCGUGGUUCCAAACACAUCAGACAACAUUAUGGUCCAAUCUGACAGUGCGCCGCUGAUUCGGGCCAACAACGCACCUGUCUACAUAGAGGAGCCAACAUCUCUUCUUCACUACGAUCGCGAUGGUGAUCUGUUCAGCAUCGACGAUUCAACUGCAGACCAGACUAGUCGUUUCUCGGAAGGGAUAUCGAGGCAUGAAAGAACAACGACAGCGCCAUUUGAGGACAGCCUCGACUUGCUUAACACUGAAUUUGACCUCCUGCAAGCAGCAUCCCUGGACAACUUUCUUUGGGAACACAACAUGAACCUUGACGAGGGGGGGGGAAGCUCGUAGAAACUGUGGAUGAUAUAAACGACAUGAUCUAUCACGGACAAACCGUCUUCAAACACGUGCCUUCAAAAACAUCUUGAUCGCCUCCAGCGCAACCCCCCUCCUCAUACCAGUCUCAUCAUCCCAAGAAGAGUGCAUCCCAACAAGCUUCCCCGUCCUGGCGUCCAACAACGGAGCGCCGCUGUGGCCCCAAUACGUCCAACAAUCAUGCUGCAACGCCCCAAUCUCAGAGUUGUCCUGCACAUCCUGUCCCUCGGCAUACCCGCAGAAUGACCCGCUGCUAAGAUGCAGCACAUCAUACCCCGUCGAUACUCCCGCCUCACUGGCUUCGAGGUCUUCACUGCCAGGGUGGCCAAUACAGACCAAGCCUGCCCCGAGCUGGGGUGCCCCAUCUGCUAGUGUCACUGAUGGGAAAGAAACGCCUUCUGGGAGAUCCCCAGGCACUAUUGCUGAAGCCGCGGUGACCUGCAACAGCGCAAGGUCCCUCUGCGAAUCCCACGCCAGACACUUGGCAGACACAGCCCUGCCAGACGCGAAGAGAAGCCAGUGGACCUUUUCCAGAUCCAACUCAGUCUCGUCCCCCGCUACGCAGUGUGCACAUGUUAGUAGGAGGCCCGAGGGGUGAAUACACACGGCUGUGCCGGCCUCUUGCUGGGCAAAGACGAGUGUUGCUGAGACGGCGUGGGGCGCAUUCCGCUUGAGGGUUCUGGGGACGGUGAUCGCGUAUUUUUGGAGAAAGUGUUGCUUUUUGAGGAGGAGGUUGUGGUCGUCGCGUGGUAGACGCGUCAGGCUGAUUGGUGGUUUGGUGGGGAGGGCUGUGAUGUUGGGCUUUGCUGCGGGUUGGGAUGGCAGUGGUGGGGCUGGUGUUUCUGUCUCACCAGCGAGAUGGAUUUCUGUGCCGCUUGCGCUGCCGGCGAGCUGCUUUCUUUGAGCCCGAGUGCGGGCAGCAAUGAGACUCAUGAUGAGCUACUCGACAAGCUGGAAGAGCCUUGUUCGGGCAAGUGAAGUGUUGUUUUGUGAGGCUUGACAGAUCAUGGUUAGCAAUGGUUGGUUGUGUGGGGUGGGGCUGCUUGCUGCCUAGCUGGCCAACUCUGUUAGCGCGCAUUUCUCGGUUUGAUACGCGUUGCUUCUGGAAAGUCAACAUGAAAAUCGUGAGAGUGUCAUAUCAAGAAAACGACCUGGUACCCGGUACAUGUGACAGAAUCAGUCGAAACCAAGUCUUGAAGAGGAAGGUAUCCAGGCCAAGAGAGCAUACAUGAUCCAGCCAAUCGUGCCCGGCGUUUCAGGGCAGGAUUCACCGGGGUUUGAAGCAUCAU